UGACUCGCUUUGUCAAAAUGGCGUCGCUAGAACUGGGAGGCUGCAGUUAGUUCACAUCUAUCUAACGUAUUUACCAUUUGGGGCACACCAAACACGAUAUCCACGGAGAGGAUGGCAAGCCUGGACCAGAAAUCUCCCAAUGUUCUGCUGCAGAGUCUGUGCUGCAGGAUCACCGGGAAAAGCGAAGCGGACGUUGCCCACCAGUUCCAGUAUGCUGUGCGAGUCAUUGGCAGCAAUUAUGCCCCCACCAUUGAACGAGACGAGUUCCUGGUGUCGGAGAAGAUCAAGAAGGAAUUGUUGCGACAGAGGAGGGAAGCAGACGCUGCUCUGUUCUCAGAGUUGCACAGAAAGCUUCAGACACAGGGUGUUCUCAAGCAUCGCUGGUCAGUUCUUUACCUGCUGCUUAGCCUCUCUGAAGACCCCCGCAAACCUUCCAGCAGGGUUGGAAACUAUGGGGCGCUUUUUGCCCAAGCCCUCCCGAGGGACGCGCACUCAACCCCGUUCUACUGCACCCGACCCCAGAGCUUGGCCUUAGGCUACGGAGAACGAAGCGCAGGGUUGUCUGGAAGCAUUGGGACAAGCGGGGUUUCAAGUCUCGGAGUCUACACGCUGAAUGGACCCACGCCGACGCCACCGACACUGCUGGCUGGUCAACCCCCCCAGUCUGUAGCUGCAGGCACUCAGUCUCUGGGCUCGCGGUUAGCCUGGGCUCUUCCUAUAAACUCCUCCCCCUCUGCCACCAUGGCACCGCCUUCAACCCGACCACCUUUCGGGCCACAAGUGCCAGCUCCAAGAGCGGUCCGUCCUCGCAGAGACGGUGACCCAGCUGGUGAGGUGAGCGAGGCAGCGCUGGUGCGUGACAUCCUCUACGUCUUUCAGGGAAUAGAUGGCAAGUUCAUCAAGAUGAGCGCCCAGGAGAACUGCUACAAAAUAGACAGCAAGGCGGUGCUAUGCAAGUCCCUCAGGGACACCAGCAGCAGACUGGCUGAACUUGGUUGGCUCCACAACAAAGUGAGGAAGUACACUGACGUCAGAACCCUCGACCAGGCCUUCGGAUUGGUGGGACAGAGCUUCUGCGCAUCGCUUCAUCAGGAGCUGAAAGAAUACUACAGGCUUCUCUCUGUCCUCCACUCACAGUUGCAGGUAGAGGAUGAGCAGGGUGUGAACAUGUGCACAGAGAGUAGCUUAACUCUGAGAAGGCUUCUGGUCUGGAUGUACGACCCCAAGGUGCGACUCAAAACGCUGGCUGCUCUUGUCGACUACUGCCAAGGUCGUAAGGGAGGCGAACUGGCUUCUGCAGUUCACGCCUACGGGAAGACUGGAGACCCGCAGAUGAGAGCACUGGUCCAACACAUCCUCAGCCUUGUGUCCCACCCCAUCCUCAACUUCCUCUACAGGUGGAUAUAUGAUGGAGAGUUAGAGGACACUUACCACGAGUUCUUUGUAGCAUCAGACCCCAACGUGAAGACGGAUCGUCUGUGGCAUGACAAGUACUCCCUCAGGAAGUCAAUGAUCCCCUCGUUCAUCACCAUGGACCAGGCUCGCAAGGUUCUGCUGAUUGGCAAAUCCAUUAACUUCCUGCAUCAAGUUUGUCAUGACAGAACACCGCCAGGCAAAAUCACACCGGCGUCCAAACCUGCCGACACUCCGAAAGAUGCUGCAGAGCUGCUGUCUGACCUGGAAGGAGCUUUCCAGGAGAAAAUUGAUGCAGCCUACUUCGACACCAGCAAAUACCUGCUGGAUGUUCUCAACCGUAACUACCUGCUGCUGGAGCACCUGCAGGCCAUGAGGAGAUACCUGCUGCUGGGCCAGGGAGACUUCAUCAGGCAUCUAAUGGACCUGCUAAAACCUGAGCUUGCCCGUCCUGCCACUACAUUAUACCAACAUAACCUGACUGGUAUCUUGGAGACGGCAGUCAGGGCCACCAACGCUCAGUUUGACAAUGCAGAGAUCCUAAAGAGGCUGGAUGUACGCCUGCUGGAGGUGUCCCCUGGUGACACAGGCUGGGAUGUCUUCAGUCUUGAUUAUCACGUUGAUGGACCCAUUGCAACAGUUUUUACCAGAGAGUGUAUGGGCCACUACCUCCGUGUGUUUAAUUUCCUGUGGAGGGCCAAGAGAAUGGAGUACACACUGACAGACAUCUGGAAGGGACAUAUGUGUAACGCCAAGCUGCUCAAAACCAUGCCUGAGCUGUCUGGUGUGCUGCACCAAUGUCACAUCCUGGCCUCUGAAAUGGUUCACUUCAUCCACCAAAUGCAGUACUACAUCACCUUCGAGGUGCUGGAGUGCUCAUGGGACGAGCUGUGGAACAAAGUGCAGCAGGCCCAGGACCUCAACCACAUCAUCGCUGCCCAUGACGUCUUCCUGGACACCAUCAUCUCCAGAUGUCUGCUGGACAAUAACAGCAGGUCUCUUUUGAACCAGCUAAGGACCAUAUUUGACCAAAUUAUCGAGUUUCAAAAUGCCCAGGACUGCCUCUACCGUUCGGCGCUGGAGGAGCUUACCCUCCGGCUCCUGUUUGAGGAGAAGAAGCAGCAGAGGGAAGAGGAGGGUCAGUGGGGAGUGACAGCAGAACAGGAAGCAGAAGAGAAGAGGAGGAUUCAGGAGUUUCAGGACGCCAUACCAAAGAUGCAAUCCCAGCUUCGAAUCCUCACCCACUUCUACCAGAGCAUCGUCCAGCAGUUCCUCGUGCUGCUGAUGACCAGUUCGGAUGAGAGUCUGCGCUUCCUCAGUUUCAGACUGGACUUCAAUGAGCACUACAGAGGAGCCAGGAAUCAGGUGAGGCUGAAGGACUCAUAAAGCAAAAGCAGGACACUAGGGCCAGAGAGCCGAGGCUGCGAGCUUCGCUGGGCACCACCAGAGGGCGACGUCCGUCAAACAUCUGACGUGACGAAAGCAGCACAGACAGACGACGCUUCGCCUCGCAGCAAGGGGUGUGACCUCACGCCGACGACACGCGCGCACACACGUCACCACCGUCCAGAUGAUGCCAUUCUCCUUGGAGAGGCCUGCUCUGGAGACAUCAUGAAAGGAAUAAUGUCCAGAGCUGGCUAACCCUGAAAAGGAUCUUGGCAUGGGAAUUUAGCAAAAAACAACUUGAGUUUGUGGAACAUGUCCAGAUGAGGAGAUGAAAGGUGCAGCCAUCAGACUGAGCUCUCCAGGUCAUCUUACAUGGCAUGCCUUAUUACGGAGGGAAAGCAGAACUUUAUUCCUCAGCUGGGAUGCUAUGUCCAGUCCCAACACACGUUUGUACAUAGAGUGUAUGCAAAAGUGUAUGUAUGUGUUGAAGCUUCUCUACGCAUCAACAUGUGGCUUUCCGUCUUCCCAUUAGAGGGUAACCAAUAUGAAUCUGAGGUCCAUUUCUUUUCCAUUUUGUUUUUAUAGAGGUUAUUAAAAUAAUACAUUCUAUAUACUGUUAGUACUAUUGUUCAGUAAAUGCGUUCUUUUUUUAAAGUUUUGUGGUUUUUUUUUUGCAGAACAGACAAUUAGGUCAGAAGCUAAAGGAACAUCAGAAUAAGUAAACUGUACGUCAGCCUAAGCUUUGUUUUCCUCUCCUUUCUCUUAAAAGGGCAUAUAUCAUAUUUUAAAACAUCUUUAAAGUAUGAAACAUAAAUCACAAUCAACCUUUCAGUUGAUUUGUGUUUUCCCUCAAGGUGGAUAGGUCCUUUAAAACCUCACUUUUCUUACACGAAAAGAGCCUUUUGAGUUAUACGCUUAAAAACAGGAGCCAUUUCUAUGUGUAGAUGAUAAAGUGGCAUCUGCAACACCACCAAAUAAAGAGUUUUCUUUACAAUAAAGGAUAUAUCUGAUCAUCUAAGCAGGAAACAUAGGUGAGCUCCAUUGAAGUAAACGACUGAAGAGGACAUAUUUCUCAACCACCAAAAACUGAAAACAGGAUUAUGAAACUGUUGAGAUCUUGGCUUCUAGACAAGGAACAGCCCAAAGCUGGCUGAAAGGACAUGCCACAGCUAGGAAAGAUAGCUUGAACAGGGAGCCAACCGACAGACCUCGGAGGUAGUUGUUUGUGAGCUUAAAGUUUGCAUUCUCUGUCAGUACAAAACGUGUUAAUGGUUGCAGAUUGUGUUGAAUCAGUUAUUCUCCAAUCCUCCUGUAUUAGUUAUGAUAAUUAGCUGAAAAAUUAAACUGAUUUUUCUUGUUUUUAAACCAAAUCAAGGAUAGAGCGUUUGACUGCGUCUGCCUGAGUAAUUUACGUUCGGUCUCGGUUUCCACGUCUAGCGUUAUAUCUUGGUCACCAUUUAUACAAAGUUUUCUAACGAAAACGGAAAAAUUUAGUUGUACUUCUGUUUACAUGACAACUGAACGUUUUCUGAAAAUGGCACAAUUUAAGAACAGCUUCCAGUGUGAAAUGGUUUGAAAACGAACCCGUUGUUUGAAUCUUGCUUACAGGGCAGUCCUGGCUUAUGUGCAGUACAACUGAAAUCAGUUUAAAUUAAUGCGCACACGCACAACAUAACAGCUGCUGCCAGUUUAAAACCCCCGUUAAAGUUCUUAUUUUCUCCCGUUGUGUAAUACGAAGUGUCUUCGUAUGUUGUUGAGUUUCGAAGAAUAUACCGGCAACUAGUGGUGUGGCGGGUAAAAUUACACCAUUUUCACGUCUGUGCUGUUGCCGUUUGAACGGAGAAUGCAAUUAAAACGUCAUGUAGCUGUGCUAACAGAAACAGGGAUAAAAAUCCAGUUUUCAAUGGAUUGUUGUGGUGUUAACAGGUCCUGGAAGUGAUUCUUUAAGGCCAGACGACAUGUUAUGAGUGGGGAAACUAACUGUGGAAAGACAGAGUUUGAAUGGUGUGACGGGCGGUGUCCUUGGAAUAACAUUUUGAGAGCUACGUUACGGACUGAUUAUGUGGGGAAAAGGGUGACAAUCACUGCGUGGCUCCCUAAUUGGGCAUCAGAGUAACAAUGCUGAGCAGAAAUUGCAGCAAACAACUUAAAAUUGAUACGUUUAGGGUUUUUAAUUAGUUUUUGUCACCUUUUGUUUUUAAUUAUAAGCAGACUUUGCUGGCCACAGAGCACAUUUAAAUCCCUGGGUGUGGUGCCGGUUUUUUAAGUCUCCAGGCUAUUGUUCACAGACAGUUCUCCCAAUUUCCUCCUUCUUGCUGGAUUAACCACUAUAUAAAUCUAUAUAAAACUCAAAUUUGAGCCGCAGACUUUGCUGCCACUACAGUUGUCACACAUUGUGUUAUGAACUGAUGCCAGAGUUAAAAUCUUUCAACCAAAUAGGUAAUCUGAACAUGUUUAACUUAAUUUGCAUUUUAAACUUGAUUUAUUCUUUCCUAAUUUUAAACUUUCUUCCUUCUUAGAGGUUUAUAUUAAAUACAAUCAACAAAAACCACAACAACCUCACUUCAUGUCACCAUAUAAACUACAGGAGCUAGAACAUUUUUCUAAAAAGUGUACAUAUUACAUAAAAGUCCAAUACUAAAUAAUUAUUUGUCAAUGUUUACUUGGACAGUUUAUUUUUGAGAGGUAUGCCUAUUCCAGCAGUGGUAAACAAGUAUUUAAGUGAGGUUUGCUGCAUGUGUCAGUCUCGAAUGUAGAUCGCAGGAACAUCAGGGAUGGUUUAAAGACUUGCUGUAACAGCUCAUGUUUCUCUUCAAAAGUAGCAGUUGAUUUGGUGCAAAAACUUACAAAGUACGUGUUGUUUUUCUAAAGCACUGCUGCUCGGUGACAAAUUGUUUACUUCUGCAGCUGAAGAAACCAUUUCAGGUUUUAGUAAUAGUCACAUUUUUUCCUCAGAGCAGGUAAACCUUGUUCAGGUGGAGACAUAUUAUUCAUAGCCUCCUUCACAGAUGAGUGUAACCUGACUGAACCUGGGUCAGGACUUGUACGUUCUCUUUAUUGGAUAGCUCAUAAUGUAAAUGUGGGGAAUAAUCCAUCCUACUUCUUUAAUAAAAUGUAUUUUUUUUAAACAUAAA